AUCUGAUCUCACUCGCAACCACGACAGCGAUACUGUCCCUCUGUGGCCUGCGCGGCAGACCGAUCGAGGCACAGCGAAUAAUGAUGCUGGAAUCCGGCCGGUCAGCCGGUGCGGAGGGGCCGUGGAGUUCAGGUACAAAAGACGGAUGGUUGCCGUCUCCAAGCUCUCCAUCAAACGAUCAAUUCCCCGUCAUCUUUUCUUUUGGCAGCUUAGCUUGCCGUCCUUUCUUUUCAUUCAUUCUUUACAUAGCCUAAACCGGCUUCCACAUUCAUUUCAUCCUCACGCUCGUUUUGAUUGUCUUAAAAAUCUAGGCCCAUCAUGUUUUUCAACCCUCGUAGCCUCUUCAAAGCAGCUCUCGUUUCUUUCUUCGCCCUCGAAACGUGUGCUUUGGUCCUCCAGCCUAUCCCACCCACGGCCACUCCUGGUCCAGCAGUAAAACGGAACAAUGCGCCGCCUUCAGUUGAUUUGUCCCCAAUAGAAGACCCUUGGGUUAUGACCCAUGGACACGCUUUGAAGCGUGAGGUGGGGGUCGACGUGUCCUUCGAUCCCUCUAGCCAAAGCAGUUUCUUCUGGGGCGCAUAUGCUGGCGAUCACAUUUAUACAGCAAACUUCACAAUGUCAGCACCGGGAGAUGACGAGUUCAUCUUGCCUGUACAGAACUUUGCGAAGCACCUCAAGUCGUUCAGCUGUGGAAAGCCAGGAGCGCCCAUGGUUCUAACGUUCAUCAACCAAGCGGCUUUUACGUAUGCCCAGAAGCAAUGGAAGUGGGUGGACGAUCAGGACAUCAAUCACUUCAUUCUAGUUACGGAGGCGAACCAGUGCUACCAGGGCAACGAUCGGUCUCCUUGGCUCGUCAGCAGCGUGAAGUUCGAUCAACAGAAGCUCAUGGCCACCGUAACGGCGCAGGAGAAGGAGUGGCACGAGGUCGCGCGGAACUUCCAUCUGCACCUCGGCCAUGAAUACGUCGACCCAGCGACCGCCAAUGUCACACAUCCCCAUCUGAAACGCUCCGACGGCUCGUCCACCAUGGACCUCACCAUGUCCGUCAAGCAGAAGCUGUUCGACUUCGCGAAAGACUCUAGCGACACAAAAGGGAUGGCUCUGCGUGCUGACGGCGAGAUUUCGACCGGAGGCCUUUUGAUCGCGGACUUCGAUAUGGAGACCAGCUGGGGAAUCCCACAGGACGUCAAUAUCAAUAUUCACCCACAGGGCGCCUGGGGCCAGAUUCUGCUCAACAUUGACGCUGAUGGAACUCUCGGCAAGGCGCUGGACUGGGCCCUUACUCCCGAGAUCGAGAUCCCUGUUGGUGCCCUCAACAUUAAGGGGUUGCUCCAAAUUGGCCCCUUUGUGACUUUCGGCGUACACUUCGGAUCCUCCGCCCUCCAGGGAACCGGUACCAUCACCACGGGUGCAAAGGGCACGCUCAAGGACUCCGCCGAGGUGAAGGUGCAGCUCAAGCACCCCGACCAGAACAGCAUCAAGGACUGGGAUCCCACCUUCGAGAAGAUUGAUCCCGCUUUCAGUGCUGAAAUUGGAGGAAAUUUGAGGACCUGGGGUGAGCUCGGUGUCCAGAUCAAAGUUGAGGCUCUUGGACACUGGGGCUACCAAGCCAGUGUAGAUGCCGAACUUCCCUAUUUGGAAGCCACCAUGGCCGGCAAAUUUGACCAGCUCGGCGUCUGCGGCACCCAGAAGACUAAAGGCGUCGACCUCGGCACAAACGUUGGCAUCAACGUGAACCUCAACGCCGGUCCCGCCAACGGUUCGCCAGACUUCCGAAAGGAUCUCUACGAAACAUCGUGGCCGCUCUACACAACCUGCAUCGGUGUUGGUGCUGAUGAUGCAAAGACGCCUGAGCCUACCCCGACUGAAGAGCCGACGCCGACGGAUGAGCCGAUUGAGACGCCGAUUUCUACGGAUGCGGGCGAGAUCACGACCGACCCAGCUAUGCCAUUGACGACUGCACCGCCGAUGGCGACGGGUACAGGAUUGAUGGGGACGGCGACGGGGAGCGCGGGAUGGCCAGUCACAGCCAAUUCGACGUUUUUGAGGAUGGCGCAGAGGCGGCCUACUGCGCUGUACUUUUAAGGGGCACGAAGCGUUGUCUUUAUGACUGCGUGCGGAUAUAUCAGCUUCCCAGGACAUUCAGCUAAGCUGCCGGCAGAUUUAUCUUCUUCUCGGACUUCGGGCAGGGU